UUUAGGCAUUUACCAAACACAAGGCAAAGCUAAAUUUCGACAACAAACGAUCACAUAAGCACAUCCUUACGUGCGCAGCAACUGGCUGCACGCGCGCCUGGGCAGCUCGAGCGAUCACAUCUCUUUCGCAGUGGCAAGGUAGCGAAUUCAUUAUUCCUAAUCCUCACAUGGGCAUUCCAGUGAGCACCUACUGGUUUAUACCAUAAAGACUCAUUUUACUGUAGGCCCCCGAGUGCUGUCCUUAGCAGCACAGUCCCACCCUGACCUUCCCAACACCAGCGCUUGAUUCACGCUCUACACCCCUGACCUUUUGGCAGGCGAUGGCACAUAUCGCCAUGCACGAUUUCCAUCAGCACGAAAGCACAAUGAUGCGUCGUUCCGGUGACACGUGCUAACUGAAGCAAAUGAACGAAUUUCAGGAAUGGAUUUAAACUGCACAGACCGGGAGAGCCGUGCAGAUGGGCCGGGCAGAAGCUCACUGGGCAUGAUCCUCCUCUCCGUCACUCUGUCUGUGCUGGCUGUACUGACCACCGCCAUCAACUCUUUGGUCAUCACCGCUAUCAUUGUCACUCGCAAGCUGCACCACCCUGCCAACUACCUCAUUUGCUCCCUGGCAGUGACAGACCUGCUGGUGGCCAUUUUGGUCAUGCCCUUCAGCAUCGUAUAUAUUGUGAAGGAGACAUGGGUCAUGGGCCAGGUGAUGUGCAGCAUCUGGCUCAGUGUGGAUGUCACCUGCUGCACAUGCUCCAUCCUGCACCUGGCUGCCAUCGCCGUGGACCGAUACCGUGCCAUCACGGACGCUGUGGAGUACUCCAGGAAGAGGACGUCAUUCCGAGCCGCCAUCAUGAUCAGUGUGGUGUGGCUGCUGUCCAUACUCAUCUCCAUCCCUCCUCUACUCUGGAGACAUCACAAAAUAAACGCAGAGGACCAGUGCUUCAUCAAACAUGAGCACAUUGCUUUCACACUGUACUCCACCUUCGGGGCCUUCUACAUUCCCCUUAUACUCAUCCUUAUCCUUUACUAUAAGAUAUACCGUGCUGCUAAAAUCCUUUACCACAAAAGAGGGGUCAGCCACCUGAGUAAGGCUGAGAUGAACGGACACACGAUCCCUAAGAGCUCUGACAGGGAACAGCAGAGCCUGGAAACCCUCAGUCCACCAGAGAAGUCUGUGUCCGAACCCUCCACGGAGGGUGACCGGGUGCGCCUCUCUGCACAGAGUCCGAAUGUCCAGCCGCACAGGGAGAGGUCACUCCAGAGACAGCGUAUCUCGGGCACACGGGAGAGGAAGGCAGCCACGACCUUAGGCCUUAUCCUCGGGGCAUUCGUCAUUUGCUGGUUGCCCUUUUUCAUUCAGGAAGUGAUCGUUAACACCUGCUCCUCCUGUAGCCCCUCAAGUGAGAUGGCAAACUUUCUGACUUGGCUAGGAUACCUCAACUCUCUUAUCAACCCCCUCAUUUACACGAUCUUUAACGAGGAUUUCAAGAAGGCCUUUCAAAAGCUGGUCAAGUGCUGUAAUUAUUACUAAUGUGGAAAGAGGAAUGAUACUGCAUUCAUUAUAAGUAGAAAAACUGAUGUGAAGACUAAAAAUGAAAGAAAGAAAAUGAUGGUAGGUGAAUAUUUUAAGGAUUUCACUUUUUAUGCUAGCACUAAUACCUCUGUAUAAAUAUGUACAUAUAUACCAUGUAUAUAUGUAAGUGUGUACAUAUAUACCAUGUAAAAAUAUAUUGACAUAACUGGCUGACAUCCUCCAAACAUACUUGUAAUGAUUGUGUAUGAAAAUAAUUUAAUUAAAUAAUAAGCAGUAUAGAAAUGUGUCAAGUUAGUCUGUAUUUGAGAGAAAAUUAUUAUUUAAUGUUCAUGAAGAAAGUCUAGACA